CGAAUGCAACAUUUGUCCUCAUUGACAGCAAAAUGAACUGGACUGAGGCCCAGAGCUACUGCAGAGAACACCACACAGACCUGGCCAGUGUGAGAAACGAGACGGAGAACCAGCAGAUUGUUGAGCUGUUACCUGCAGGCAUAUAUUGGAUCGGCCUUUACAGAGACUCCUGGAAGUGGUCCGAUGGAAGCAACUCCUCUUUCAAGUACUGGGCAGAAAAUAAACCUAACUACAGAGCUUUUAAGGUUUGUACGGCUGCAGCUUUCAACAACUCUGGAAAAUGGGAGGACUUGGACUGUGGAGUGAAGAAACCAUUCAUUUGCUACGGACCUGUGCCUGUUUCAAUGAAAAUGAUAAAGGUGAAGGUGGAUAAACCAAACGGUGUGGAUCUGAACGACCCCGCUUUUCUGGAUGCGAUGUUGGUGGAGGCGAAAAAGAACCUACGGGCCCAGGGAUUGGACGACAACGUCAAACUGGCCUGGAGGAACCAGCCGGAUGGACAAGUUUUCCACAAGGAGGAGGAGAAGAGGGAUGAGCUCUAAAGCUGAAUUGCUGUGUCGGCUUUUAUCAGAGAAAAGUGUAUUUCUUUCCUCAAAGUCCUCAUGCGACAGAAUUCGAUCAAUUAGUUACGAUCAUUUUGAUAGAAGAUAGAGAAUGUGAUGCUUUUCCUUGUUAUAUGGUUAUGAAUUUAAUAUGUUUAGGGUUUUUACUAUUGAAUGUAUUUGCUUGGCCGGUGGGAGAUAAUAAUAAAA